CAACGACCCACGAUGUUCUACCCUUCCUCUGGGCAGCGGUUCGACUCAGGAUUGGAUGGGGAGCCAGCUGCACAGGCAGGCAUCUACGCCAACGUACACUGAUCUGCUGGAGGGGCGUACCCCGGCUGGUUAUGACCCAGGAGUGCUGGAUCUCAACUUCGGAUUGAGGUCCGGGAGUGCCGAGGAGGUGACGCGCACCGUUGUCGUGAACCCAGCUUCGGGGACCACCCACACACCGGCUCCAGUGACAACGCGGACUGGCGGAUCAGUUCCGUGUAGAACGACCACGGCAGGUGGCACAGUGGACGGACGACGCCCAAACGAAGAGUGGUCAGCAACGGAGGUCGUUGGUCGAAAGUUUUGGGAUGAUCAUCGGCGACAAUCGCGUGAAGCGAGCACGRCCGRCAUAAYGAGAGGGGUGGCRAAGAUUACCGUGGGGGCGGACGAUAUAUUAGGCGAUGAAGAUGGUGCAGUUGCGGAGGAUUGCGAGGCGGACGACGGGGCCGGUAACGACGACGAGGAGGACGAUGAGGAGAUGGAGAUUCGUCCAGUAGGGAGAAAGCGGGGAGGGUCGAGGGCCGCGAAAAAGUUGCCGGAAACGCGCACGGGGCGGAGGGGGAAGAAGGGUGUGGAAGAUGCGUCGGCUGGCGAGGGAUCGAAAAGCCGGGAUUUUUGGACCAUGGAGCACAUGAUUGCUCUCAUCCGGGCAAAAAGAGACCAGGAUUCGCAUCUUGCCGGCCUCGCGCACACCACGGGAAGGAUGAAGACGAAGACAUGGAAGUGGGACGACGUGGAGAAGAGGCUGGUGCACAUGGGGGUCACAAGUAGAAAGGCCGUCGAUUGCGGGAAGAAAUGGGACAACCUGUACCAGCAAUUCAAAACCGUGCACAAGUUUAUGGGAGAAUCGGGGAAGCCAAAUUUCUUCACACUAACGCCAGGCGAGAGGAAGGAGCGGGGGUUCGAUUUCCGGAUGGAUGAGCGUGUGUAUUCGGAGAUGGCGGCGAUGACCAGGAGCGAUCACACAAUACACCCCACCAAUCUCGCCGACACUGGUGCGACUGGAGGUGUUCAAAUGUCCGGCCCACGCGGAGGUCGGAAUGAAUCCGGCGGUAGUGAGGGGGGCGGGGAUGGACAGGACGACGAUCAGGGGUCGACGAGGGAUUCUAUCAGCGGCGGUGGUGUUGGCGGGGGCAGCAAAUGGAAGAAUGUGAGACAACAGACCUUCGACACGAUUGCACACGUGAUGAAGGAGCACGGGAGUCUGAUGGCGACAACCGUGGACAGCGCGAGCAAGAGACAAUGCUCAAUUCUGACUAGGCAGUGCGACAUUCUGGAGCGAGAGGUUGAAGUGCUGAAGGAACACUACGUUAAGGCCGACCAGGCGAACUUGAUGAUGUGCGAAGCACUUAUGGAGAUUGCUAAAGCCAUCCGCGAGCGAUCAAAUGGAAAGCGGGAGGGCAAUGACGGCGGUGACCGUCCACUUCUGCCGAGGGGGAAGGGAGCGCCGAAGGAGGACGAGCUAGAAGAGAAGGCCAAGUUGUGGUUUGAUUGCGACGCUUUCUGGGGUCAGGGUCCUGGGAAACCUCUGAGGGAGGCGGUAGGCGAAUGCACCAACUACUUCGUCGCCAUCGCCAACGGAGACGCAGGAGCUGAGCCGCCUUCGAUGCUCAUCAUGCCGCCGAAUGACGUGCCGCGCUUCAAGAUCGACGACCCGGCGCAGCGUGAUCCGGCUCUCCGCAGAGCGCGCAGCGUGGAGAGAGUAGUGCUGCGCACCAUCCACGGUUGGAUCUUUAAAUCGCAGUCGAGGUCGACUGGCUUCUCUCGUGCAGAGUCCUACAUCACCGUCGACUUCGCCACGGACCUCGCACGAGCAGUUUGGCAGGCCUUGGAAUGGUCGAGAGUGGUAUCCCCUGCACUCGUCUACCACACGUUGGCGAUGAAGAUGGACGUGCCUCUGUGGUUCGCGGGGGUGAAGAUUGAGGACCGCCCGGAAGACGACGACAUGGCGGCGUGGCAGGAGGCGACAGUUGUUCUGCUGGCGGAGUGCUGGACUGAUGCGCUCUGGUGCGGACAGUGGGCGGAUGGCGGGCGCGUAAAACAGGAGAGGUUGUCCAGGCUGGCGGGCAGUCUGCGAGCGUUGUUGUGCGCGGUCAUGUGGAUCAUGCGCAUGGGAGGUGACGACGACCGAUCGCAUUACGAGGCAUGGUCGUACGCGUCCAUGGUCGCGAAACCGACGAUGAUAGCAGCGGGGUCGUACAUCUUCAACUGGCGCCGACACGUGGUGGACUCCGCCAACCUCGUCCUCAAUCGUCUAGGGAAGGCCCACCUCACGUUGGGAGAUUACCCGCAAUGCAUUCCGGAAUGGUGUGAUUGCGGGUUGGCGUUCGGGCACAACGCUGCCCUGAAGAACGUGGCGGAGGCUGCAAAACACGGGUGGAUCGGCAGCGGGCCCGCGGCGGAUGACGAUGGAGAUGAUGGCAAGUGACACGUCAACUCGAGCAGAUGGCAGCGGGUUGGUGGGCAUCGUCGGCGCUUCGUCGA